CUGUUCGCUGCAACAAUACUGACAUCAUAUCCUCUACAAAACUUUGUGGCUUGGCAAAUCCUUUGGCCAAUAAUGCAAAAAAAGUACCCAUCAUCCACGGUGGACUAUGGAAUUCGCAUAUUAUGUGCCUCCAUCCCAUUUGCAAUGGCGGUUGCGGCACCCACGUUAGGUCCGAUCAUUGGACUGGUGGGGUCGCUGUGCCUGUCUACGGCGGCGAUCAUGUUCCCAGCCGUGCUCGACAUCUGCGUACUAUAUCCCGACAAGUACGGACCUGGCAGUUACAAGCUGUUGUCGGACAUCAUAAUCAUACUGCUUGGUGGCUUCUGUUGUUUCUCUGGCGUCUACACCAGUAUGCUUGAGAUAGUUGAAACACUGUCAUAAGUAAUAACAGCUGAUUACACAGAACUCACAAUCAAUUGCCAAUAUUGUACACUGGGCUACACAUAAAUAGAAUAAAGAUAAUAUUUCUUUGGGCCUGCAUAUUGUUGAGCCUGUUUGGUUAUCUACGUUAUAAGUUCAGUCUUACGUACAUGAAAGUAUGCACCUGUAUCACAGUGAUAACUUUACACAAGACGUGACUGUUUGAAAAUUAAAAUGUCGUAUUG